CAACAGAAGAAUGUUGCUGCUGCUGUCAGUGCUGGUGCCUCUUCUCAAGCUGUAUUUCUGCGGAAUCAAAGUUCUUCUCUAUCAGACCUUCGACAGACCUUUUACGCUCCCAGGUGCUCAGUAAGUGAAGGCAGCACAGUGGAUUGCUUACAAAAAGGAACCAAUGGAGGGUAAAAGUUCAGGACCUUCAUGCUCUGGCCCCAAUCUGGUCGCACACCCACGGGCGAAAAGCAAAGUCUGGAAAUACUUUGGCUUUGACACCGACGCAUAUGGCUGCAUAUUGCACUGGAAACGGAUUUACUGCCGUGUAUGUAUGAGUCAAAUUGCCUACUCUGGAAACACCUCCAAUCUUUCUUACCACCUUGAGAAGAACCACCCCGUAGAGUUCAGCGAGUUUGUGAAGAGCAACACGGAUCAGAUGCGAGAGGCGUUUGCUACAGCGUUCUCCAGGAUAAAGACUGAGCCCUCGGGUCUACACGUUCAGCAGCAAUCCCAGGACACCAACUUAAGGCAGAGCUCGGGCUAUGAAAACCGACGACACAAUGAUCUGACAACAGCUGUCAUCAACUUCAUCUGUGAGGGGUUGUACCCUGUGUCUGUCGUUGAAGAGCCUACUUUCAAGACGUUAAUGAGUACCGUCGACCCUGGGUACUCUCCACCGAGCAAAAGCGACCUGGCAGUUAAAAUGCUUCCUCAGAUGUACUGCCGUGCCCGGGACAUGGUCUUCAGUGAACUUGCUGGGGUUGUGAACUGUGGCGUUACUACAGAUCUUUGGCAAAGCCAAACCCAGAACAGGUCGUACAUUUCGCUCUCUGUGCAUUCUGUUAAUUACAACAGUACAACUGGCUUCUCGAUGACCAACAAGUGUCUUAAAACUUUCGAAGUGCAAGAGGACAACACGGCGGAGAACAUCACAAGAGCGAUGUAUGAAGCAUUUGUUGAAUGGGGAAUAACCCAUAAAGUCAGCGGUGCCACCACAAAUGGUUCGGUGGACAUCAUGAAAGCAUGCUCCCUCCUGGAGCUGUCCGUGGAAAUGCCUUGUCUCGGACACACUGUCAAUCGCGCAAUGGAUGAAGCCUUCCAGCUGCCGCGUGUUGACAGCUUUUUGGGAUGUUGCCGCAAACUCAUCGAUCAUUUCCAAGAACCGGCAAUGUAUCUGCUAAGGGAUAAACAGAAGCAGCAUGGCCUCCCUCAGUGUGCACUCAUCACAGACCGAGGUAGAUCUUGGUUGGCCACGUUGGCAAUGUUACAGCGACUGAAAGAGCAACAGGUUGUUGUAACUGCAACGCUUGUAGAGAGUUCAAGCGAUCAUCAUUUCAGCUUUGAUGGCCCUGACUGGGCCUUGUUGGAGGGCUUGAUUUGCAUUCUCCAGCCUUUUAAAGUUGUGGCAAACAUGAUCACUUCUUGCAGGUACCCAACCAUUAGCAUGGUUAGGCCCGUGCUUCAUAUGCUGCUGAACACCACUCUUAAAGUCAAGGAAGGGGACCUCAAAGAGAUCAGCAUGACCAAAGAGGUCAUCUCAAAGGUCCUGUCAAGCACCUAUUCACAGAACACACAGCUAUCGCAAGAAAUUUCAACGUUCCUCAACAUUGCGACAUUCCUGGAUCCUCGGUACAAGAAGCUGCCUUUCCUGUCCACUCAGGAACGCUCCAAAAUUGAGAGUAACAUCAUUGAUGAGGCAAAAGCAGUCCUUGAGAAGCAGAUUGCCGAGCGACCAUGCCUUGGUGAAUUCUCCAUGAUAUCAGACGAGCCACCUAGCAAAAAGCAGACGCCUCUACGAGAGUCUUCAGCCGGCAGUGCAACCCAAGACAACCCUUUGGCUGUCAUAUUUCGUCAGUCCGAUGCAGACCAGAGCCAGGAGGAGCUGCAUGCCCAGGUUGUAGAGGAGCUGAGCAACUACAAAUCACAAAGAGUCCUAGGUCUGAAUGAAGACCCUUUGCUGUGGUGGUCGAGUCAUGCACCCUUGUUCCCCACCCUCCCCAAGGUGCUCCAGAAGUACUGGUGUGUUCCUGCCACCAGUGUCCCUCCUCACAGGCUGUUAAGUUCCUCCGGGACUGUCCUGUCUGGGAAAAGGAACCGCAUAGCCCCAGCUUUAGUAGAUCAGCAGGUCUUCUUGUAUGAGAACUCGCGGAGCUACUGUGAGCCUGAACCCUGUGAGGACGAUUUGGACAAUGAGGGAAGCAGUAAUCUGGGCCAGCAACUUGAAUGACUGACUGGGCUGAAAAUUGCAAAAAGUCAUAGUAUUUUAUUGACUUUACUAAGGUGCAUUAAGAAAUAAGAUCAAGGUGUAUCAGUCGGUCAGUAUUAAUGUAAUGGACCCAUAAUAACUUAACUAGGGCUGGGUAUUGUUUUGAUAGUUUCAUCUGCAUUUGAAUGGUGUCACUCGGUUUUGCACCGGACUUCACAUAAGGUGAUGACGACAUCACAAGCAUAGAGUUAGGCCUGUAACAAUUAUUAAAUAAUUGUCUAACCGCAUUUUUUUUACACAAUCGCGUUAUUUUGUAUAACCGCAAUUUAAGCAUUAGAGCAUUUUUUUAUGAGAUUGGUCACACUAUUGUUUGGAUCCAUCAUCGCGGGUAUUGCGAACGCGGCAUUAACAUACGGCAGUAACGUUAGCUGGCCUAUGAUACUAUGUGAACUACUGUGAACCUGCGUAACUGGGUCACAUAACAGUGAUAUAUAAUAAAAUAUGUAUCCUGGGAUUAAUUUAAACUUCAAUUUGUUUGAAAAAGUGAUAAAUAAAUAAAGAAAUGUAUUAUUUCACUAAAAGAGACAAUUAUAUUGUUAAUCGCAAUGAUUUCUGAUACAGUUGUCCAGCAAAAUUUGGAAUUGUUACAGGCCUACGUGCAACAUGAUGAUGUGAAGAACAGAUGCCUUAGCUUUCUGCUGCAAAAAGAAUGAAUGCUCUAGCUGUUAUGGUUUUUAUUUUAGAUCGAUUUAAAGAGAGUUUACCCCCUUUACAUGUAUACCCCUGAUACAGGGUAUACAUGUCUGUAUACUGUAUCAAUACAAUACCGUAUCAAAAUGCCAAGUAUUCAUCUUUUAUUAUAUAAAUUGCACAGGAGAAUUCAACGUUUUGGUGCUAGAAUAAAAUCAGUUGAUUUUAAAGUCUACUAGAUGGUGCAGUUAAGUUUGUUUUGUUGAGAAAUUUCUUUUCAGAUGAAACAGAUGUUGACAAUGUUUUUCUUUUGGGGACAUAAUUUGAAGUUGGAAAAAAAGGUAAUAAACUGCACUAUACUACAGAAUAUGGCAAUAUAUUUAAAAUUGUAAUUAUAUUGUAUUGCGGGUCUUCUGGUGAUCUCGACCCUUAAUACUGAGACGGAGAUCGAUUCUGGGUUUCAUUAAUUGAUAUCAGAUUAUUCAAAUGAAAAUCGGUUUUUAGUCCUAUAACAUGUAAGUCAAGUCAUUUAUUUUUGCCAAAGCGAUGCAAAUCACCUGGAAUUCAUUUUGGUGAUUUGGCUCACACAGGACAAUACAAGACAGUAUAGGACAAGGAUGACAACACAUCAGACUGGACAUAUACAAAAAAACAGCAGAUUAAUAAAAAAAAAAAGAGAAACAUGUACCAAUGUGUAAAUACAAUAAAUAAACAAAUGGAUCAGACAAAGUGCUAGUGCAUUUAGUUUCUUUGGGGGGGCGCCAAAAAUUCCUCUAUGCAGGAAAACCCCUUUUGGCCUAUAUUGCCAAACCCAGCCAUUUUCUUUAAAUAUUUUGUGAAUAUUAAGAACGCUUGCUGCAUGAGAGUGAGAAGAUUAUCAAUUCAAUAUCAUGUGCCUGACUUUCCAUCCAUCAGGUCAAACUUUCAGUUUGUCCAAUACUUUGGUUCAUGACUUAACUGACAUUUAUGAUAAUGAUGAUGACUCGUAAGGCUGGGUUUAAAAAGCUAAAUUUCUUUUGCAACUAAAAAAAAAUCGAAAUCAAAUCGACAUUUAAAUCGUAAAUCGAUUCGGGAAAUCGGUGGCCGUAGCCAGCCUCGCUAACAUCUGCAUUUUAGCAUUGUGAGCAUGUUAAAAUCCAGAUGUUAGCAUAUGACUCAAAACAUUUCUGUUCAUGUAUCAAAGUAAAAAGGCGUACUGCGUUAUUUGGAAAUAACUGUCUCCAGCUCUGUACUUGACACAACAAAAUGAGAUUGAAAUCAUUUUCAUCUGUCUUGGUAAGAUGGAAGGAAGGAGUGUAUAAAAGUCUAUAAAUCAACAUACAGUAAAGUUUAUGUAAAUACCUGUAUAUUGCAACAAUGGAUGAAUUUUAAAAAUGUCUUGCUGUGCAGAACACUGGCAUAAAAUAUAAACUAUGAUGUAACAUGACUUUAUGAAAGUAAAAAUUUGUUUUUCAACAUUUGCCU